GGAGGCGGCGGAAACUGAGCGUCUCAGGCAUCCCUUUUCUGUCGGAGGGCAAAGGCUGCCUCGCGAUCUUCGCCUUUAAGGUCCAAAGGAGGGCGAGAGAACCGGACGGAACGACGUGAGGCGGCCGUUCGGCGGCUGUUCGGCGGACUGGAGCCCCGAGGAAGCAGAAGCGGGUGUAGCCGGUGGAGGUGAGGCAGAGCUGUAAGAAGACAAGAUGGACCUUGAUGUGCUAAACAUGUUUGUAAUAGCAGGGGGCACUCUGGCAAUCCCCAUUCUGGCGUUUGUUGCCUCCUUCCUCCUGUGGCCUUCAGCGCUAAUAAAAAUAUAUUACUGGUAUUGGCGCCGAGCACUGGGCAUGCAAGUUAGAUAUGCCAACUAUGACGACUACCAGUUUUGUUAUUCCUACCGAGGGAGACCUGGGCACAGACCCACCAUACUCAUGUUGCAUGGAUUCUCGGCGCACAAAGAUAUGUGGCUGUCUAUAGUCAAGUUCCUACCAAAGCACCUGCACUUGAUUUGUGUUGAUAUGCCUGGCCACGAGGGCACUACCCGCUCAUCUCUAGAUGACUACUCCAUUUAUGGGCAAGUGAAAAGAAUACACCAGUUUGUUGAAUGUAUCAAUCUGAACAGGAAACCCUUUCAUCUAGUGGGCACUUCAAUGGGUGGUAAUGUUGCAGGCGUUUAUGCUGCUCAGUACCCAGCAGACAUCUGCAGUUUAACUCUUGUGUGCCCUGCAGGUUUACCGCCUUCCACAGAAAGCAAAUUUGUUAAGCAGCUGCGGGAGCUGAAAGAGUCUGAGGGCAUGGACAGGAUUCCAUUGAUUCCGUCCACUCCUGAGGAAAUGGCAGACAUGUUAAAGCUCUGCUCUUAUGUUCGCUUUAAAGUCCCCCAGCAGAUCCUGCAGGGCCUUGUUGAUGUUCGCAUCCCACAUAAUGAUUUUUACCGAAAAUUAUUUUUAGAGAUCGCAGAUGAAAAGUCAAGAAACUCUCUUUAUGAAAACAUGAGCAAGAUCAAAGCCCCAACACAGAUCAUCUGGGGAAAGCAAGAUCAGGUGCUGGACGUCUCAGGAGCAGAUAUUUUAGCAAAAUCAAUUCCUGACUGUCAAGUAUACAUUUUGGAAAACUGUGGACACACGGUAGUCGUGGAACGGCCCAGAAAAACAGCAAAGCUCCUCCUGGAGUUCUUAGCUACUGUUCAGAAUGCAGAAAACAAUAAGAAACUGGCUUGAACUUUCAUUGUCAAAUUGAACCCUUAAGCUAGAUGUUCCAGUUGUGAUGAAAUUCUCAGGGAUCUUGUACAGAGCUUGGUGACCGUGCCAAAAUCCCUGAAAUAAUAAAAAAAAUUGAUCUAUUUAUUUGUAGCUCUGCUAGUGCAGUGACUCACAGGAAAUGGAACAAUUAUCAGAAUAUGGUUGCUCUUGGUAAUGUCCAGUAAAGUUCACAUUAUUUGGAAAGUAAUAAAAGACCCAUCAUAUCUGUGGCGCUACUAAUUUAUUUUUAUUUCAUUAUUAUCCCACCUAUUUUUGAUGACACUUUAACAAAUUUGAAACCUGUGUAUUCAAGCUAUAUAAUGUGCAUAUUAGCUAGAGAGUCUGAAGUGAUACAGACUUACUUUUAUCUUGCAGGAGUGCAAGUUUUUGGUCCUUUGCAAUGAUUUGGUAUAUUGUGAAGCCUAGUUGAGAGGGAAAAGAAGGACAGUUUUUGUUAUGGCUUCCUGAUUUCAGCCAGUUUUCUGAAAAUGUAAUGGGGCAAUCCUGAGCAGAGUUAUACACUUCUACGCCCUUUGACUUCAGUGGACUUAGAAGGGUGUAACUGUGUUUAGGAUUUCACUGUGAUAGCCCCUAUUAAGCAGCUUCACUUAUAAGUAAGCGAGUACCACUGAUUUCAAUGGGCCUUGCUCUCAAAUAAAGUGUGUGAGGAUUGCAGGCUGAAUUACCUGAAAAAAUGUGUUCCCUGCUUGUUCAUUGGACUUUACCUAUACUGUACACGUCAUAUAAUUAUUUAUAUAAUAUAUAAACUAGAAUAUGACCUGAAAUCAGAAAAUUCUAUGUCAUGGAAUGUACUGGCCACUUCUAGGUUUAUGCAGCUCUGUUAUGUGAUCUAGCAUAAUAUCUGGCAACUUGGAAUGUAGAUGUCAAUGACAUUUGUUUAAACAUAUAUAGGAAAUACAGUAAAGAGGAAAGAUUUACAGACUGAGAGCCUCGAGUGUAUCCUGCCUCUUAGUCUAUAUGGCUUUGCAUGAUAAGCAGCUCUAACAAAAGGUUCUGAUGAUCCAGAUACUUGCAUAAAGUGCUGUUUUUGUAGCUCGUUAAUGUAUGAUUUUGGCAGAGAAUGAAAACAACAUACAACAUUUUAGUGGUAUGAAAGUUUCAUGGACUGUGCAGUUCCAUAAAGUUUACAGUAAUUUAUUAUGGAUGAGUUUUCUAUCCCUUGAUGACUCCUUCGUUAUGUACUGCCUUAAUUGUCAGCAAUGCUGAAAUAGUGGUAUUAUCUGGCCUUGCUUUCAUUACAAAAUUUUCUUGUAAGCCUAUAGUUGUAAUAUUCAAACAAUUCUGGAGUAACUGGAUUAGGGAUUCAAGUUUAAAGGACACUUCACUGACUAUAGCAUACACAUGUGCACAUCCAGCAAACUGAUUUAGAUCUACUGAGAUCAUUGGAACUACACCUGUAUUUAAGUGAUUAGCCAAUCAUUGCCUGUGAAAAGAGAUCUGUCUGUACAGUUAAUAAAUCAUGGAGCCAUUUUGGAGCCAAUCCUGGAGCCAUUUUUUCCAUCUAGAUGGGACCUGAGCCAAGCAAUAAAUACUGUAGAUAGAUACACGAGUGAUCAAAUUCAGGUGCAAAGUUGAGGUGAGCUGUUUCCUUGGCUCUUUUCUUAAUUGUAUGUUCUACUGAGUGUUUUGAUGUAAAUAAUUGAGUUUUUAAAAAAUGAAUUCUAUGAAUUCUGUAAAUGGUAAUAAAUAAUUAGGGAGGAUGAAUAAUGGAUGAAAUAUGUAAUAAUAAAAUAUAAUUAGGGUGUUCUCCAGGCUUGUCUGCUUAGCAAACUCUUAGAGUGGGAACUAUUUAUCAGAUGCAGUAUAAGCUUCAGCAGAUUCCUUUUUAAAAAGUAUAUUAGUACAAAGCAUACCAAAUACGAUGGUCUUCUCUUUUCCUGGUUAUUUGUACUAACAUAUGGUAGCAAGUUGUAGCUGAAUGCAGUUUGUAUAUCAAAAUCAGAAAGCAAGACUUGUUUCAUAACUGUGAUAUCUUUGUUUUAAUAUAUGGGGAAGGUUUCUGAAAAUCCUUUAAGUCCCCUCUUGCAAAAUGUGCAACAAGCUUCAUUGUUUAUUCUGAUAACAAUCUUUUGCAAUAUGGGUACUUGAGAUACAAACCCAUCACACACACACACACACACUCCAGAACAGCCCUAAUCAAGGGUGGAUCCACUUGAGAGUAAACUGAUUAAGAUUGCAAUCACAAAUAAUCUGUUGUGGCACUUGUUGGCAAAUGUCUUCUGUAGUCAUUAUUCUUUCUGGCUUUACUGGAAGCUACUCAGUGUAUAGAAUAAUGUCACUAUACAUCCACUUUUAUUUAUUCCUCAAUUACAGGUUUUGCAUUUGGACCCUCAGGUUUGAUUGUAUUGUGCUGUGCAGGGAUUUACUGUACAUUCCUUUGCAUUUAUGGCUGCCAUAGAACUUUAAAUAUGGUACAUAAAAGCUCCAUUUUCCAGAACUGGUUGUAUGUUGCUCAAAUAGAAGCAUCAGUCUUUAAUUUGAGAAGAUUAGGAAAAUGCUUUUCAUUUGAUCAUACUUCAGAUGUAGACACAUACAAAAAGGCUGGUUAUCUUAAUGAAUAAAAAGCUAGCAGAGACACAGGAAAGUAAAGAGCUACAGGUUUUAUUAUGGUUUCCAGAAUUUAGUGGGCUGUUGUAUGCAAAAAGUUUUAAUUAAAAUGC